AUGAUAAUCUUCCUUUCAAUUACCACUGCUAUAAUUGGAAUUAUAAGCUUCUACCUCUGGACAUGGACCUAUUGGAGACGUCGUGGAAUCUCGGGUCCCGCCGGGUAUCCAUUCUUAGGAAGCGCUCUGGAAAUGCUAUCCUCUGAAAACCCUCCUUACCUCCAAUUGAAAGAAUGGACUAAAGAAUAUGGGCAUGUUUACGGUAUCACAGAAGGAUUAUCUAAGACCUUGGUCAUCUCGGAUCCCGAUUUAAUCCAAGAAGUAUUUGUGAAGCAAUACGAUAAUUUCUUCGGGAGAAAACUAAACCCAAUCCAAGGAGACCCGGAUAAGGAUAAGAGAAUUCACUUGUUCGCUGCUCAGGGGCACAGAUGGAAGCGAUUGAGAACUAUUUCCAGUCCAACUUUCUCAAAUAACAGUUUGAGAAAAUUAAUGACCACCGUAGAGGACAGUGCAUUGGAGUUGUUGAGACACAUCGAGGACAAGACUGCAGGAGGGAAACCGAUUGAUUUGUUGACAUUCUACCAAGAAUUCACUCUCGACGUCAUCGGUCGUAUUGCUAUGGGUCAAACCGACUCUCAAAUGUUCAAGAAUCCAAUGCUUCCAUAUGUCCGUGCGAUCUUCGGUGAACCCCGCAAAGCCAUCUUCUUGAGUGGAACAGUUGCUCCAUUCACCGGGCCAAUUCUCAGAAAAGUGAUAUUCUCGUUGCCACAAGUCUUCAAAAACCCAGCAGUCCAUAUCAUCCGACAAACAAUGGAAGCAGUGGAAAACCGAAUUGCUCAACGGAUGGCCGAUGAGAAAGCAGGAAUUGAGCCAGGAGAGCCGCAAGACUUCAUUGACUUGUUCUUGGAUGCAAAGUCAGAUGAUCUAGAAAUUGAGAAUAAUGAGGAUUUCACAAAGACCGGAAUAAAAGUUACAAGACAACUAACCACCGAUGAGAUCGUAGGACAGUGCUUUGUCUUCCUUGUCGCUGGAUUCGACACCACUGCCUUGUCCCUUUCUUACUCCUCAUUCCUCUUGGCUACUCACCCAGAAAUCCAGAAGAAACUUCGAGAAGAGGUGGAUACAGUCUGCAGGGACCCAGAGAUCACAUUCGAUCAACUAUCCAAGCUGAAAUAUUUGGAAUGUGUCGUCAAGGAAACUUUGAGAUUAUAUCCGCUGGGAGCGCUUGCCAAUUCUCGUCGUUGUAUGCGUGCCACCAAAAUCGGUAACUACGAGAUCGAGGAGGGUGUUGAUGUGAUGUGUGACACGUGGACACUCCAUUCGGAUAAGAAGAUUUGGGGAGAGGAUGCAGAGGAGUUUAAACCAGAGAGAUGGGAAUCCGGCGACGAACACUUCUUCCAAAAAGGCGGUUACAUUCCAUUCGGUCUUGGUCCCCGUCAAUGUAUCGGAAUGCGUUUGGCGUAUAUGGAGGAGAAGCUUCUUCUCUGCCACAUUCUGAGAAAGUACACACUGGAGACAUGUCAGAAAACUCAGAUUCCAUUGAAAUUAAUCGGGUCAAGGACAACACAACCGGAGAGUGUCUGGCUGAAUUUGAAGCCAAGGGAUGAUAAUUGA